CUAUUGUUGGAUCAAGUAAACGCAGAAAAUGCCUGCACCUUACAAUCCGUGGCCCUAUCGGUCAUACUUAAACCAACACAUGCUCUUUAUCGUCAUCGUCCCCUUCACCACCGCACUCUCCGCUCCCCAAACCCAAAAUCUUUUUUGCAACUUGCUUCUGGAAAGCUGAGCUAACACAAAUCAAAUCCAAGACUACACCUCACACACCGACAUCUGGAGAUAGCUGGACCUAAACCAUGAUGCUCUCAACGAUAUCCACAAUCUGCCUGUUGGCAUUGGGCCUCGGGUCCCCGGCUCUCGCAGCACCGGCACCGGCACCGGCGGUGCAAGCAAGGGCGGAGUCGAAGUGGUGGGUAGCAGGCGUCGGACGAAUCGACGGGGCUCCUUUCGACGAUGAUCCCGCCUACAAGGUGUACCGCGACGUGAGCGAAUACGGUGCCAAGGGCGACGGCACGACCGACGACACGGAUGCCAUCAACCAGGCCAUCAGCGAUGGCAACAGGUGCGGCGAGAACUGCACCUCGCAGACGACGAAGCCCGCCCUCGUUUACUUCCCGCCCGGCACCUACCUUGUCAGCAAGCCGAUCAUCCCCUUCUACUACACGCAGCUGGUGGGCGAUUUCAUCACCCUCCCGACGCUGAAGGCAUCUGCCGACUUUGAGGGCAUGGCCGUUAUCGACGCGAACCCGUACGACUCGACCGGCAAGAACUGGUGGACCAACCAGAACAACUUCUUCCGCCAAGUCCGCAACUUUGUCAUCGACUUGACUGGCAUGCCUGCCGAAGUCGGCGCCGGCAUUCACUGGCAGGUUGCGCAGGCGACUAGUCUGCAGAACAUCGUCUUCAACAUGCGCGAGGAUGGCGGGGACGCCAACCGGCAGCAGGGUAUCUUCAUGGACAACGGGUCGGGCGGUUUCAUGUCCGACUUGACCUUCAACGGCGGCAACUAUGGUGCUUUCUUCGGCAACCAGCAGUUCACCACCCGCAACCUGACGUUCAACAACUGCAAGACUGCCAUCUUCAUGAACUGGAACUGGGCUUGGGUGUUCCACGACAUCAAGAUCAACAACUGCGGCGUCGGUAUCGACAUGUCCAACGGCGGCCCCGAAGGCCAGACGGUCGGAUCCGUUCUCGUCCUCGACAGCCAGUUCACCAACACCCCGGUCGGUAUCAAGACGGCUUACGACCCCACUUCUCCCCAGACCAACGGCACGCUCAUCCUCGAGAACGUCGACAUGACGGGCUCGGCCCAGGCUGUCUUGAAUAAUGCUACGGGCACCACGAUCCUCGAGGGGAACCAACAGGUCAGCUUCUUUGCCCAGGGCCGGGCUUAUGGUGGUGCCGGAGGUACCGCUGGCAAGGCGGUGCAGGCCCCGCAGGAUGCCAUCAAGAAGCCGGAUGCUCUCCUUGACCCCGCUACCGGCAAGAUUGUUACGCGCAGCAAGCCACAGUACGAGGAAGUACACGCCGGCGUGCUCGUUAGCGUCAAGUGGGCUGGCGCUGCGGGUGACGGCGUGACGGACGACACGGAAGCGAUCCAGAAAGUUAUGGACACGACCCUCCCCGAGCAUAUUGUCUUCUUCGACCACGGCGCCUACCUCGUGACCAAGACCAUCAAGGUGCCCAAGAACAUCCGGAUCGUCGGCGAGGUCCUACCUAUGAUCCUGGCCGGCGGUGACAGCACGUUCAAGGACCAAAACAACCCGCAGCCCGUCUUCCAAGUUGGCGAGCCCGGCGACGUCGGCAGGGUCGAGAUGUCGGACCUCAUCUUCGGCACCGCCGGCCCGCAGCCCGGCGCCAUCAUGAUGGAGUGGAACCUCCGAGGCGAAACCCCCGGCGCGGCCGGUCUCUGGGACGUGCACACUCGCAUCGGCGGCUACCGCGGCACGGAGCUCGAGCUCGAGCAGUGCGCCAAGAACCCCAACGUCACCAACCCCAUCAACCCGGACUGCUUCGGCGCCUUCAUGAUGCUGCACGUCAAGGAGGGCGGCAGCGUCUACCUCGAGAACACGUGGUACUGGGUCGCCGACCACUCGCUCGAGCCCGAGGCGCAGGACGGCCAGAUCGACGUCUUCAACGGGCGCGGCAUCCUCAUUGAGGGCGAGGGCCCCGUCUGGGGCUGGGGCACCGCCUCGGAGCACUCGGUCCUGUACAACUACCAGUUCAACAAGGCCUCUAACGUCUUCCUCGGCCACAUCCAGACCGAGACCCCUUACUACCAAGGCAACCCAGACGCCACCGAGCCCUUCGCCGUCAACGCCGACUACGCGGACCCGGACUUCGCCGCCUCGUGCGCGGACGACACGACGGGGACCUGCAAGCGGUCGUGGGGCGUGCGGGCGGUCGACUCCAAGGACAUCUUCAUCUACGGCGCCGGCCUGUACUCCUUCUUCGACAACUACUCGCAGGACUGCCUCGAGACACAGUCGUGCCAGUCCAACGUCGUCUCGCUCGAGGGCGGCAGCCAGGUCCACUUCUUCGGCCUCAGUACCAAGGCCAGCGUCAACAUGUUGACGGUUGACGGCCAGAGCGCCGCGUUGGAUAGCGACAACAGGAAUAACUUCUGCGCUACCCUCGCCUUCUUCCACCCCCCGGCUUAGAGAGUUGGUGGGGGCGGUUCGGGAUGCGGUGGUGGUUAUGGUCAGGGGGGUGGGAGGGGUGGUCCCGGGUUGGGCCCCCCGAAGUGAGAGUAGAGAUACCCCGGGGAGAAGGUAUGCGUCAGUCAGAGAUCAGUUCUUUGUGGUCUUGGUUAUACAUUAGUUCGCUUUAUACCCUUCUAAA